AUGAUCAUGCACGUUUUCCGAGAUGGGUUUUUCGAAGAAACGGUAGGUGCAGAAUCAGAAGCCAGGAAAUGGGCUCUAGCCGGAAUUCCGAUUAGGGCGCCGUUAAAACAAAUAUCUACUAACAAGGCAGCGGAUUACGAGGAUGAAGACAGCGCCCGUUCAACGUCCCCGACAGCGCGUGAGUCAAGGAUAACCGGAAAAUUGAUCUGCCCGCCGGCGCCCAGGAAGAGGCGCCCGGCCUCGACGUGCCAUUUCAACGGAGCUAGGGAGUUCUUUAAUCCUCCCGAUUUGGCAUCGGUGUUUAUAUGCCAUCCUCCCCUUUUAGUGUUUAUUUGUCCUUAUUCGUUUUAA